GCUCGAAACUCGCUUUCGUCUGGUUCAAGUUCAAGUUGUUAAAGGGAGAAAGGGGGGACAACAUUUGUUCGAUUUCAAUGCUCCGGUAACGAUAUAAAGUGCGUGUUCUGAAUUAUCAAUGCCGUUGCACUACUUACGUCUGGGCUCUUGUAUUCUUCUUCUUUACCAACUGUUGGCAUGUCAAAUAUGCCUGGUCGGUUGGACGAAAUCUUCAAUCCUGUGCUUCUACUGCCUUCCUUAUUUCAACUUGACCGGGCAAGUUCGUUCUGAUCAAGCGCUGGAAGUUAAAAAGAGUCUUCCUGCUUGGUCGAUGUGGGUGGUGAUGCAUAUGCAUGCAGCUUGUCGAACUACUUCCGAAAGAGCUUGCUAUAAAAUUUGACGACAUUGCAGAUGAAGCCAACAGCAGAAGGGGGUGGAACUGAGCCGCCGUUGUUGCUCGUGCUCCUCCUUUUCCUCCUUUUCAACUACAAUCCUGCAACCGGCAAAGAUAAA